AUGCUUUGCGUUGCACCCUUGUUGCUCUCAUCAGCACCUCCGGUGCGUCGCACAGCUGCACCGCAGCGGCGUACAGCCGACGGAGGACCCUCGCCGUUCGCCGCCGGCCUGCACGCCGCGCACGUAGCUGCAGACGCCCGCUUUCGAGCCUGGCCGGCGCUCAACGAUGAGGCGACGCGCCACGCGGUCAACGCCGGCCGGCGGUACCGGCUCCACUUGCGAGAGGAGGGCGGCACGGCUGCCGGAGGCGACCCGACCGCCGCGCUGUUUUCUGGCGGCACGCUUAUGGGCCGCUUUGGCCUCGCGCUCGCAGCGCGGCGCGCGGUCGAUCGCAAGGAGUUCUUCGAGGCGACCGAGUUCUUUGCGCGCGUGCGGAGCCAUCUCAAGUCUGAGAGCGGCACGCUGGUCGACGCGGCGGGAGGCCAUGGCCUCGUCGGCGCUCUUGCUGCAGUCUUCAAGUUUGAGCAGUUUGGGCGCGUCCAAGUGCACGACCCGCAACGCCCAAAGUCGUUCGACGCGGUGGCUGCAGCCGCGGCGGAGGUUGCACCGUGGGCGGAGGGCCGCGUCGUGCACUUGCCGGCCAGGCUUGGAGAGGCGCCGCUCCCGCGUGGCUGCGCCGUCGUCGGCGUGCACGGGUGCGGCACCCUCACUGACCGCAUCAUCGACGCCGCGGCCGAGGCCGACGCGCGCUCGAUCGCGCUGAUGCCGUGCUGCUACUCGCAGACCGCCGCCGACGCUCCCGAGGCGCUGCGCCGCGCGCUCGGCGUGCCGCUGGCGUCCGACGUGCACCGGACGUACCGUCUUGAAAAGCUGGGAUACACGGUCAGGUGGAGCGCAGUGCCGCUGAGCAUUACGCCGAUGAACCGAAUCAUCAUCGCGACGAGGUAG